AUGGCUAUUGUGUUACGUUAUGUGAAGAAUGGGAGUAUCAUUGAGCAUUUUAUUGGUAUGGUACAUGUUAGGGAUACAACUGCUCUCUCACUUAAGGCAGCGAUUGAUAAUGUAUUUUCUACACAUGGAUUGAGCAUUUCUAGACUGUGUGGGCAAGGUUAUGAUGGGGCUAGCAAUAUGCAAGGCGAGUUCAAUGUUGGAGCAUCUUGUAAACGCCGUGAUAUGCUUCGAGAGAAACAAAUUGUUAAAGUUAUUGAAGGACUUAACAAUGGCGAGCUUUCAAGUGGGCAAAGCCUAAAUCAGAGCACUUAUCUUAUACGGCAGGGAGACACUCGUUGGGGGUCACAUUAUGGUACUUUAAUGAGUUUAAUUACAAUGUUCUCAUAUGUAAUUGAUGUUCUCGAGAUUAUCGAAGAGGAUGGAUUUAGAUCCGACCAAAGAGAUGAUUCAUUCCUUGCUUUUGACAAACAAAAGAUAAUUCGUUUUGCUGAAUAUUAUCCAAAAGAAUUUUCUACAGUCAAGCUUAGAGAACUUGAUAGUCAACUUACGAAUUAUAUUAUUGAUGUGCGCUCUGCUAGUACCUUUGAAGGAUUGAAAGGAAUUUCUACUCUUGCAAAAAAAAUGGUGGAGGCAAAAAAGGACAAGGUGUAUUCGUUGGUGUAUUUACUUGUGACAUUGGCGUUGAUCUUACCGGUUGCGACUGCCACGGUGGAAUGA